UCAAGGGGCGGGUCAAGCAGGCGGAGGGAUCCAUGUUACGCGGCGCAUGGCCCGCCGCCUCCACUUAAGGCGGGGAGAGCCCCUCGGGCGGCAGUUGCUGUGGUUUCCGAAUUGAGGUUGCUUAUUUCUUGUGGGAGCUGAAACUCGAGGACAUAGCGUCUCGCGUCCGAGUUUAGCCGCGAGUGAAUACAGAUCAGGCGGUCAGGAGCGCAGCUUCUCAUCUUCGGACCAGGGCCGGCCCCUGCUUUCCCUUCGCCACUUGGUGCCCGUAUCUAGGUCGGCUCCGGCGCGGCUGGCCAGGCCGCGGGCGAGAUGUUCAAAAACACAUUCCAGAGCGGCUUCCUCUCCAUCCUCUACAGCAUUGGCAGCAAACCCCUGCAGAUCUGGGACAAAAAGGUGCGGAAUGGCCACAUCAAAAGAAUCACUGAUAACGACAUCCAGUCCCUGGUGCUAGAGAUUGAAGGAACAAAUGUCAGCACCACAUAUAUCACGUGUCCUGCAGACCCAAAGAAGACGUUGGGGAUUAAACUUCCCUUCCUCGUCAUGAUUAUCAAAAAUCUGAAGAAAUACUUUACCUUUGAAGUACAGGUACUAGAUGACAAGAAUGUGCGUCGGCGGUUUCGGGCGAGUAACUACCAGAGCACCACCCGAGUCAAACCCUUCAUCUGUACCAUGCCCAUGAGGCUGGAUGAUGGCUGGAACCAGAUUCAGUUCAAUCUGUCAGACUUCACUAGGCGGGCAUAUGGCACAAAUUAUAUCGAGACCCUAAGAGUGCAGAUCCAUGCAAACUGUCGCAUCCGACGGGUUUACUUCUCAGACAGACUCUACUCAGAAGAUGAACUGCCAGCAGAGUUCAAACUGUAUCUCCCAGUUCAGAACAAAGCAAAGCAAUAACUGGAAUGCAACUCAAGGGAUAGCCGCCGGACAUGGCUCUUAGUUUAAAAAGGAAACUAUCUGGAGGACAACGCAAAAAACAAAUAUUUCUAUUAGUUUACUGUGCUGUGGUUCUUUUAUCUAUUACUCGGUGUCCCCUGUUGUGGACACCAGUGACCAUGCCAUAAUGCCAUAAUUGCAUUGUAAGUGCAGUGGGAAUAAGCUGUCCUUUGGAACAUGAAUGCUGGAAUUUAUCCUGCUGCCUGCCUCAGUGUGUGGGGAGAUACACUUAACCACGAACUUAACAGAUUUAAAGAUGUCCCAUAUGGCAACCUCAGACCAAUAUUUCUUCCUACGGUUUGUGCAUUGUUUUAUAUAUUAUCUAAAUAUAUGUAUAUGCUGUGUAAUACUCAUAAUCUGGAAAUGAAUAAAAUACUAUAUUCUUGGUUUGUAAAUUU